GAGCAGGGGAUCAUAGUUCCCUAUAUAGUAAACCGCCGAGCCUUAAAAACCACCAAAAUUCAAUACGGGCUUUCUCGCCGGCCGUUUUAAAGGGACCGAAAAAGUUGAAAAGAGGGAAGAAAAAUAAGAAAUAAAGAGGAAAUAAAUCUGAUCGUGAUCGGAGGUUGCAGACGGCGAUGGGGCGGGCAGGAAUGGCGUUGAGCCCGUCGGCGGUGGUAGCGCUCGACCUCACCGAUGCCAGAAGCUGGUGGGACCACGUCAAUGACUCUCCUCUCUGGCAAGACCGUAUCUUCCACGUCCUCGCUAUUCUCUACGGAUUCGUCGCCGCCGUUGCGCUCGUACAACUUAUUCGCAUUCAAAUGAGAGUGCCAGAGUAUGGUUGGACCACUCAGAAAGUUUUCCAUUUUCUUAAUUUUGUGGUGAAUGGAGUUCGUUCUUUGGUAUUUGCUUUUCGUCGGGACAUCCAAAAGUUGCACCCUGAGAUUAUGCAACAUGUUUUGCUUGAUAUGCCAAGUCUUGCGUUCUUCACAACCUAUGCAUUGUUAGUGUUGUUCUGGGCUGAAAUAUACUAUCAGGCACGAGCUGUAUCUACUGAUGGGCUCAGGCCUACUUUCUUCACAAUUAAUGGUGUUGUUUAUGCUAUCCAGAUACUUUUGUGGUUGGUUUUAUGGUGGAAGCCUAUGCCAGUUUUGGUCAUAUUGUCUAAAAUGUUCUUUGCAGGUGUUUCCUUAUUUGCGGCCCUGGGCUUUUUACUUUAUGGUGGAAGGCUUUUCCUGAUGCUGCAGCGGUUUCCUGUUGAAUCAAAAGGAAGACAAAAGAAGCUACAGGAGGUUGGCUAUGUCACAACAAUUUGCUUUUCGUGCUUCCUCAUCAGAUGCAUAAUGAUGUGCUUCGAUGCAUUUGAUGAAGCAGCGGAUCUAGAGGUUUUAGAGCAUCCUAUUUUAAAUUUAGUGUAUUACUUGUUGGUGGAGAUAUUGCCGUCUUCCCUUGUCCUUUUCAUAUUGAGGAAGUUGCCUCCAAAGCGCGGAAUCACCCAGUACCACCCUAUUCGCUGACAGGUUGGACGGUGAUUAACGAUGAAACGGGGUGAGUGAGAUAAUGGACUGGAGUUGGCCUUUUAUGAUGCCUAUCUUACUUGGAAUGGAUUUAAGCGCAAUCGACCCAACGCGAUGCUCUCUAAGCUGCUGCCAAUUUGUACAUCCAUUUCAAGUUAUGUUCAUUUUUGUAUGUUUGACUUGUUUAAUAUUCUCCCCACGUGAGAAAAAAACCCAAAAAGAAGAUAAAGAAGGAAGAUAAUUGCUCCUGUUGCUUUAGCUGCUGUAUCGUUCAUUGUUCUCUGCUGUCUUUUAUCUACUCAAUCAAAGUUUGUAUAGUGGAUUUAUAUUCUUUUCAUCAAGGAUGUCA